AUGGCCUAACAUCAUAACAUUCUAUGGACUCAGGAUUAAACUCAUAAUUUCAUAGUUCAUUGCUUUCUAUCUACCAUCACCCUCUCUCUGAACAUUAACGAUGCCACACUUCAAGCCCCUAACAAUUUCAUUCUACCUUCAAGCUCUUCUUCUCAUCAUGAUUUCAAUUCCAGCAACAAUUCACUGCAGAACUUUCCUUCCAAACAGUGGAAAACUGAUAGAAACAACCUGCAAGAACACACCCAACUACAAUGUUUGCUUUCAGUCCCUCAAGGCAAGCCCAGGAGGUUCUGGUGCAGAUGUCACAGGACUGGCUCAGAUCAUGGUGAGAGUGAUGAAAGCAAAAGCAAACGAUGCAUUGAAUGUAAUCCACGAGCUGCAAAAGGUGAAAAUUGGACUUGGAACAGAGCAGAGGAGAGCCUUGAGUUCCUGUGCUGAUAAAUACAGAGCAAUUUUGAUAGGUGAUAUCCCUCAGGCCACUGAAGCUUUGCAGAAAGGGGAUCCAAAAUUUGCAGAAGAUGGGGCUAAUGAUGCUGCUAAUGAGGCAACUUAUUGUGAAAGUGAGUUUUCUGGGAAAUCACUUCUUACAAAACAGAACAAUGUUAUGCAUGAUGUUGCAGCUGUUACUGGAGCUAUUGUUAGGAUGUUGCUCUAGCUGAUGAAACAUUUGCUUCUAUUAAUCAAUUCUACUAAGUUAGUUUCUGAAAUCAAUUAUAAUGUGAUGCAGUGUAUUAGAACAGUUUAUGUGUAAAAUCCAACCCUCUUGUGAUUCCUAUGAGUUUCGAUAUUUGAAACCUGAAGUUAUGAGGACCAAAACUGAAAAAUUUAACAUUUCGAGGCAUGUUUUUUUAAGGAAUUCAGAAGGUACUUUUAUUUAA